AGCCAAAUAUGCUACCCCUAUAGGGGGUUGGGGGGAGAGGGUGAAAACAUUGUAAUAGCCACCACUGGAAAUAGAAAGAGAGUGCCUACACAGAAGCAAUGCUGCCCGUUAGAAAAACAGACUGCUGCUGAGUGACCUUAUUUAAGAAGAGCAGCCUUGAAAGUCACAGUAAUGAUGCAUGAUCAUGCUUGCCCUAAGUGGCAGAAUCCCACAGGCUACAUAAAGGCAUAGAAAGAAUUUCACAAAGCAGAGCCUGACAGCCAAUUUUUCUAGUUUUAAAAAAAAUAAUAGCAAAAAAAAUUUUUUGGAAAAUAUGGUAGUGCAGUAAUUUUGAUUUAAUCCAGCCCAUUAGAGCUGUGAUUAAUGCCUAAACAGCACUCUCUAGAGAGUAAAGCCUUCUUCACACUGUGGUUUCAAGAAAUGCUACCUCAGAGGGAAAGCGGUGGAACUCUCCUCUUAGUUGUGUUUAGUUCUGCCUGGCUGUGGCUCAGCAUGAUCAAGUAGAGGGAGUCAAGCUGCUUAGGUUCUGUAUCCAGGGAAUUUCUCUUUGUGAGCUGUGGUUCACAAAGCCCAGUUGACAUCAUACUUGUUAAGGUGGUUUGGUGAGACACUCACUUCCGACAUCCUUUGGCCAACUAACUUACAAUGUUAACUCGAUCAUGGAAGAUUAUCCUAAGUACAGUGUUUACAUCAUCUUUCCUUCUUGUUGGACUUCUAAAUCAUCAGUGGCUUAAAGAAACAGAGUUUCCUCAAAAACCCAGACCAUUAUAUAAUGCCAUAACAGAAUAUGGCUUCCGGCUCCAUAAUUACCAGGCCAUACUUCGCAUGCCUAAGGAGCAACAAGAACUUUUAAAGAAGGAAAGCCAGACUUUGGAGAAAAAUUUCCGUGAAAUUCUGUUUUUAACUGAACAAAUAAAUGUUCUGAAGGCGUUGCUUAAAGACUUGAAGGACAACGUACACAAUCACAGCUUGCCUGUCCACCAUGAGGCUGUGCAAGACCAGGCCACUGCUGAAGUUCUAGAUGAGGAAAUGUGUAACUUGGUACAUUAUGUACUUAAAAAAUUCAGAGGGGACCAAAUACAGUUGGCUGAUUAUGCCCUGAAGUCAGCUGGAGCCUCUGUCAUUGAAGCUGGGACCUCAGAAAGUUACAAAAAUAAUAAAGCAAAAUUGUACUGGCAUGGGAUAGGGUUCCUCAACUAUGAGAUGCCUCCAGAUAUGAUUCUUCAGCCAGAUGUCCACCCUGGGAAGUGCUGGGCCUUUCCAGGUUCCCAGGGUCACGUCCUGAUUAAGCUCGCCAGGAAGAUCAUCCCAACAGCAGUUACCAUGGAGCACAUCUCGGAGAAGGUGUCCCCAUCGGGAAACAUCUCGAGUGCACCCAAGGAGUUCUCUGUCUAUGGUGUGAGGAAGAAAUGUGAAGGAGAAGAAAUGUUCCUAGGUCAGUUUAUUUAUAACAAAAUGGAAGCAACCAUUCAAACAUUUGAGCUCCAGAAUGAAGCUUCUGAAUCUUUGCUAUGCAUAAAACUUCAAAUCCUUAGCAACUGGGGACAUCCAAAGUAUACAUGUUUGUACCGAUUUAGAGUUCACGGCAUCCCCAGUGAUUACACUUAGAAGAGCUGGUGCGGAAGAAGGCAGUGGCUGUGCAGCCAGAAUGUCCAAGAAUGUUUAUUAUUCCCUUAUGUCAGAUUGCACCCCUAAGAACCAAAGAUUGGGAGUGGGAGGGAAACCCUAAACUCAUUCCUACUAGGCAGUAAGAAGUGAAUAAAUUUUACUAAUAAAAAAUGAAAGUCAAUCCAAAA